AGCGGAGGGCGGAGCUGCGCGGGUACUUAGGAGUGCAACGGGGAGGCCAGGAGCGGCUCGGUUCGGCUUGGUGGCUGCAGGCCCAGGCUGUUGCGCUGCACUCGGUGAGUGCAGGAUCCAGCUUCCAGGAUGUGGUGGUCCUUGAUCCUUCUCUCUUGCCUGCUGGCACUGACCAAUGCCCAUGACAAGCCUUCCUUCCACCCACUGUCGGAUGACCUGAUUAACUAUAUCAACAAACAGAAUACAACAUGGCAGGCUGGACGCAACUUCUACAAUGUUGACACAAGCUAUCUGAAGAAGCUGUGUGGCACUGUCCUGGGUGGACCCAAGCUGCCGGGAAGGGUUGCGUUCGGUGAGGACAUAGAUCUACCUGAAACCUUUGAUGCACGGGAACAAUGGUCCAACUGCCCGACCACUAGACAGAUUAGAGACCAGGGCUCCUGCGGCUCUUGUUGGGCAUUUGGGGCAGCAGAAGCCAUUUCUGACCGAAUCUGCAUUCACACCAAUGGCCGCGUCAAUGUGGAGGUGUCAGCAGAGGACCUGCUUACCUGCUGUGGUUUCCAGUGUGGGGAUGGCUGUAAUGGUGGCUAUCCCUCUGGAGCAUGGAGCUUCUGGACGAAAAAGGGCCUGGUUUCAGGUGGAGUCUACAAUUCUCAUGUAGGCUGCUUACCAUACACCAUCCCUCCCUGUGAGCACCAUGUCAAUGGCUCCCGUCCCCCGUGCACUGGAGAAGGAGAUACUCCCAGGUGCAACAAGAACUGUGAAGCUGGCUACUCCCCAUCCUACAAAGAGGAUAAGCACUUUGGGUAUACUUCCUACAGUGUGUCUAACAAUGUGAAGGAGAUCAUGGCAGAAAUCUACAAAAAUGGCCCAGUAGAGGGUGCCUUCACGGUGUUUGCUGACUUCUUGACGUACAAGUCAGGAGUAUAUAAGCAUGAAGCCGGUGACAUGAUGGGUGGCCACGCCAUCCGCAUCCUGGGCUGGGGAGUAGAGAAUGGAGUUCCCUACUGGCUGGCAGCCAACUCUUGGAACCUUGACUGGGGUGAUAAUGGCUUCUUUAAAAUCCUCCGAGGAGAGAACCACUGUGGAAUUGAAUCAGAAAUUGUGGCUGGAAUCCCACGCACUGACCAGUACUGGGGAAGAUUCUGAUCUGUUUUGACUUCAUUGUCUAGUCCUUGGGGACUUUUUCCAAAAUUUAGCGACCCUGACAGGGAAUGAGAUAGACAGGAGAGUCUUUGAGUUCACCUAACACGCAUGAAGCUUUUGGCAAGAUUUGGACGACUGACCAGAGCUGCCUGCCAUCAGAGCUACCCUCCAAGCACUGUCCUUACCUGGCCCUUCUAGCCCAUCCCACGACAGUGAUCACAGCCUGCCUCCUAGCCUCUCCCUAGACGAGUGUGGUUUGUAGUGCCUGCUGCUGUGGCUCUGCCUGCCAUCCCUCCUGCCCCUACCCCAGCAUCCGCAGACCCAAGGGCUUUGGCUGCAGGAUUUCCAAAAGAAUGGACACCAACUUCAUGCUGAGGGGACAGAUGCCACCCGUCAGCUGCAUCUUGAAGCUAGUCACUUCUGGGUCUAUGGCAGGCAUUGAUGGCCCAAUGCAAUUCUCUGAAGCAAGCUACCUUUUCCCGAGGCAUCUGCAUCCAUCGACAUUGGUAAUGUGGCCAGCUCUCCUUGGUCCUGUCCUCAGCCGAUGCUUAUUCAAUAUGAUUUUAUGCUUUGUGUACCUCAACUGAGUAUGAAAAGAGCUGUACUGGUUUUAUAGAUCACCCCCAAUUGUAUGGCUUAAAACAAGCUACAUGGUCAUGGUUUGCUGGGUGACCGACAGAUAACCACAAUGAAACUAGUCUGGGAAAAACCUGCUUUUUGUUGUAGUUACCACUUAACCCUGUAAUUUAACAAGGAAUGACUGUGCCAAUAAACCAACUCUCCCUCUGCUUGAUAUUGGCAGGGUGAACGGU